AUGCUGCGUCGGCGGAACGGUUGCUCUGGUCUAGGCCACUCGGACAAGGCCGUCUGGGAGCUGCGCUAUCUGCGGCGCUUUGGCUACGAUAAAAAGUAUUUCUCUUUUGAAGCUGGUCGUCGCUGCACAGACGGACCGGGCAUCUGGGCCGUUAGCACCCCAAAAGCCAAAGAGCUCUUUAGCAUGGUUGAUUUCUAUGUGAACAAGAAUCCAUACAAGGGCGUGGGCACUGCUGGCAGCGGCGAACCCAAGAAAUUGGCUUACGCACAGCUUGAUCUCUCCUCGAAAGCAGCUUUCAAGAUCGCCAAAGGGAACGGUGCCGGCAAGGGAAAAGCCACCACUUCUUAUGCUGAAUUGGACUUUGAGCAGAUGGACGCCAUGGCCGACGGCAAUCAAGGCGUGGCAUUGUAG